AUGGCCUCCUCCCCCUCCGAUAUCGCCUUCCAGGCCGCUAUCAACGGCAACCUCCGCCUCCUCAAGAAAAUGGCGAGGAAGGUGGACCUGCGGGGAGCCAAGGACGCGAAAGGCAACACCGUGCUCCACUUCGCCGCGUGCAAGGGCAGCCUGGAGAUCUGCAAGUUCCUGGUGGAGGAGUCCGGGCUCGAUGUCGAUUCGGCGUCGAAAACAGGCGAGACACCGAUGUUCUACGCCGCGCUCGCGGGGAAAGUCCAAGUUAUGAGGUACCUCCUCGACCGCGGCGCCGACCCGGCCGUCCGUGACGACAACGGCUCGACGCCGCUGCACUAUGCGGCAGAGGAAGGGCACUGCGAGGCUGUGAGGCUGUUGCUGUCCAAAGGAGUCCCCGUGGAUCCUGUUGAUCACCGGGGCGCGCCGUUACACUUGGCGGUUGCAAAGGACCGUGUCGAGGUUGUGAAGGUUCUGCUGGAGCAUGGUGCUGAUCUAAACAAAUUGAUCAAUCUUAUCCUUACACCACUCCUGAUGGCUGUCGUUAGGAACUCCUUGAAAUGCAUGAAGCUACUGAUUGAGGCGGGUGCUGAUCUGAAUGCUCGUGGUAACUCUGGACCGACUCCUUUAACACAAGCAGUUGAUGACGGUUCCACCGACUUUGUCAAGUUGCUCCUAGAGGCUGGAGCCGACCCUAACAUUCCUAGCGAGCAUGGUGCAAUUCCAGUUGAGCAAGCAGCAGUUCAUGGCCGACGUGACCUUGUUGAAGUUCUAUUUCCUAGGACAAAACCAAUUCCAUCUCUGCUAGAUUGGAGCGUUGAUGGGAUAAUUAGAACCGUGAAGUCUCCGCUUAUCAAUCAUCUUCAGGCAUUUUUUGUGGAAGAAAAAAUUGCUUUUUGGAAGUCACAAGGAAAGGAAGCAUUUGCAAAGGAGGACUACCUUACAGCAAUGACCUUCUAUGGCAAGAACUACGAGGGCGCCGCUGACGCGUUCUGGGAGGCGCUGCAGCUUGACCCUAACGACGCGUUUGGUUGGACGCAGACUGAGCGAUUACACGAUGUGUUUGGUUCAAGCAACGGAAAAGGAAACCGUGGUCUGCCCCCGGCGGUCUUGUAG